CCACAGCGCUGUAUAUCACAAAUGGCCACCACGUUAAAAAGCAAUAUUGUGACCGCGGGAAAAAAAAUAUUCUAUUUUCUAUAUUCCCCUGUAAAUUCAACGUUUUAACGAGUUUAGGCAUACAAAAUUAGUGUUAUGCUGUCACUAGACAGUAAUGGAACUCAGCAGGAUGAGGUACACGCGGAAACCACUAGUGACAAUGGAUCUGAUGAUUAUCCAAGGAUACCUUCCUCUAUGGAUGGCCCAAAAGAAUGGACUUACACAAUGAGAAGACAUAUGCAGGAAGUGGUACCUGGAUUAUAUCUUGGCCCAUAUAGUGCAGCUAGCAGAUCAAAACUUCAAACCCUAUUGGACCAUGGCAUCACUCACAUAGUGUGUGUUAGACAAGACAUAGAAGCUAACUUUAUAAAGCCCAAUUUUCCUGAUAAAUUCAAAUACCUUGUUCUGAAUAUUGCUGAUACAGCCACAGAAAAUAUUAUUCAGCACUUUCACAAAGUAAAAACAUUUAUCGACGAAGGUUUAAAUUCUGGUGGUCAAGUUUUAGUACAUGGUAAUGCUGGCAUAUCAAGAUCAGCAGCAUUAGUUUUAGCGUAUGUUAUGGAAACAUAUGGACUUUCUCAGACGCGUGCAUAUGCAAUAGUACAACAAAGAAGGUUUUGUAUCAAUCCUAAUGGAGGUUUUAUGGCACAAUUGAGGGAAUAUGAACCUAUUUAUCAGGCUCAAAAAACGUUAAAAAAUGGGCAACAGAGCUCGCUAAGACAACGAAGCAAAAGAACUAUUCAUCAAAUGGAUACUGAUAGAAUAGAAGACAAAUAUGAUACAAUGGACAGUUGAUAUUACUUGAAAGAAUGCUAAACUUACCAAAAGACUUAUCUUAGACCAGAUACAGAAAUGAAAUCGACGGAAAGUAACGGUCUUUACGUCGUAAUAUUCUGAAAAAUAUCUAAAUAUAGAAGUAUAUUGUGAAAUCAGAUGUUAUACGAUUUAAUUUUUAAUAUGGUACACGAAAAUUAAAAAUUUAUUGCAUUUUAUGAUCUUACAUGUAUUGACUAAAUUAAUUGUUUAUCUAAGCAAACAAAAUAUUAUAGCUUUCAAACUUUUGUUUCUAUUUAGACUAAAACGUUAAUUUAUAAUAGUACGUAAAU